UAAUGUAUUUAUUACUUUUUAAAUUAAAUUAAUAGAAAAGUAUAUUUCCCAGUGAAUAGAAUUUGAUAGAGUUUUACUACAAAAAUUAUAUUAUAUUUAUCAAUUUACUUUAGAAAACUUUAAAUUGCUUUAAUCAUAUAGGUAUAAGCUCCUUUCAACCAGUACUAAAAGAUAAAACAUAGUUAAAAUAAAUCAGAGAUACAAAAACAAAAUGGUGUCCAAUUUGACGUGGAAUGCCCCAUAUUCUAUAUACCAAAACAUAUUUAUUUAAUUUUAACAGUGGAUUAACAAUUUGGAAAUAAUUCAUAACUAAAAUUAAAUAACAUUUUAAAUAAUAAUAAUAAUAAACAUAAUUUGAGAUAAAUUUUACAUAGGUGUUUUUGUAUUGGAAACUUACAAUUCAGUUAAUUGUAUAUUAGUUUGUUUAAGAGUCAGGCAAAAAACCGAUUCACAUAUGUUAUUUUCCCCUCUAAAUAGACAAGGUGUAACCUAACAACACCUGUCAGAAGCGUAGUUGUUUCAAACGACAUUUUAUGCUGGGGUCAGCAGAAAGUUUAGUUGCUUUCUUAUAAGUACAGUAAAAACGAAGUAAUGCUGCGUACACGAUCACAAACUAAUAUAUGUGAACAAGAAGCGAAAUUUGUUCAAGAAAGAAUUUCUACAACAGAAAAAAACUUUUCUGAACUUCAUACAGCUUUUGCUGCAUAUACGAGGAAGUUGGCUAGGCUUAGGGACAAGAAUGACGAAGUUGCUGAAGUAAUUAACACUUAUGCUAAAUCAGAAAGCAUAAAUCGUUCUUUAAGCAUAUGUCUUAAUAAUUUUUCAUCCACUUUCGCUGUUAUUAGUGAUUACAGAGACGCUGCAGUAAAACGAGUUGAUGCAAAAGUUGUUUCUCCGUUAUUCCAAUACUCAACAAGUUGUAAGCAUGCUCGGGAAGAUGUUAAAAAUACAUUUUCUGUUCAAGAAAAAGAAUUUAAUCGAAGACGUCAAUUGGAUAAAAUUCGAGAACGAAAUCCGAAAAACCGUCAAUUAAUUUCCCAAGCAGAGACUGAAUUAAUUAAGGCUUCAAUGGAAAUGACGCGAGUGGUUAAAGGAUUAGAAGAACAAAUUGAUUCAUUUGAAAAGCAAAAGUUGCAUGACGUGAAAUCAAUACUUUUGGAUUUUAUAACUAUUGAGCUCUGUUUUCACACUAAAGCUGUUGAGUUGUUAACAAAAGGAUUUCAAGACAUUUCUGAUAUCGAUGAAGUGAAAGAUUUACAGGAAUUUCGAGAAGUAAUGCAGAUACCAAACUUUAUGACUCGAAUUGAUGCUAUUAAAAGAAAAUCAUUUCGUCAAGCUAAUUCUCUGUCAAAUUUAACAAACAGAUUUUUGUUUCUUGGUACACAAAAAAAAACUACUACUUGGACCGAUUCAUUAAAAGCAAACACUACUCAUUCAUCUGAAUCAGCUCAAAUUGAAGAUUACGAAGAAACAUCUGUAGAUACAGAAUCCGAGUUUGAGCAAACGAUACCAGUGAGAGUUAGGCAUAAAACUGUAUGAUGUUUUUCGAUGAUUUUAGAUUAUGUGUAAUGAAAUGCUUUCUAAGUAUAAUACAUCUCUUUUAUUUUAUUUGAAUACGAUUACAUAUUUUAAGUACUAGAAGAAAUUAUAUUACAUUUAAACCAAGCCAAAGCACUUAUAAACUUACAGCGAUAUUGCAGAAAUAAUAUGUGACAGACAAGUAUCAUCGCAGGCAACUACAUUAAGAAAUCGUUGAAGAAUUUAUGUUCAAGCUAUGUGACACUGACACUGUCAUUUUCAAAUUCGUAUAAAAUACGACAAAACUUUAUAGAUUUUAAUUUUUAAAUAGGGUUUUUUGAAGGAUUUUUCAUAAACUUUGUAAUUUAAAAUAAAAAAAUUUUUUAACUCCCUUUUAUUGAAAAUUAACCUGUAUUUUUCACUGUUGACCCAUUUGUGUAUUUUAAAAAAGUUCUAUUUUAUUUUCAUUUCAAAGCUGAGUUUUUUUCUAUUGGCCCCUUGUUGCUUAAUAUACCAUUCUUUUAUAUUUUUCGCAAAAAAAUAUAUAUUAAGCA